CCUCCAGUGAGCCAAGCAAGCUCUCUUUCCCUCCCUCACUCGCUCCCCCGUCACAUAUACAUGCACACGUAUACACAGGAUACACGCAGGCACACAAUCACAUACAAAAACGCAGCUAUACACAUAUACACGUACAGCCACACGCGCAAGUACAUUCUCUCACUCUCUCUCUCCGCCAACAUCCUGUGAGAGUCUCCAUCCACCGAACGACACGAGAGGGAGUUCGAGUUCCUGGCUCGUCCCUCACGGCUGCAGUGCGUUUCCAAACAUCCAUGAGACAACCUCGAACUACUCGUACGCACGCACGCAUGCACACGGUAUUGAAGAGACACGAGGACGAGACGAUCGAAACGUUCCCGAGGCUCCUUAUAAUUAGUGCUGAGAAGUCGACGAGUUGGCCGCUGGACAGCCCGACACGCGACUGUGUCAUCAUAUUGAUAUCAAUUCGAUACAAAUUCGUUUUUUCUUCUUUUCCGUCUGUCGGAAUUAUUAAUUCCUCUGCCAGAAUUAUCGCGAAAUAUCCAAAUGAUGCGAAAAGCUUCCACUCGUAAGCUAUAUAGAUCUGCUCGAGUGAAUUGUGCUGACUGUUGAAGUUAUACGUGUGCGUUGGGGAGACCCCAUGAGACCAAUCGUGCUCUCAGUCCAAGUGAGCGCGAAUUGAAUCUCGUCCCGAUAAUGUCAUUUUACAACGUAUCCGAUUCGCAGCUUCGUUUUUGGUGCUGGAGUGUUUGAAAUAGAGAAAAGGACAAAAAAAAACGAUCUUUAUCUUUCAUGAGUUUUAAAGACGCAAUGUUAAGAAUAUAGUGCGGCAUCGUGAGUUCGAUUGAAGAUUUUUACGUGAGUCUUACCGGCUUAUAGAUUUGCUCCGGAGGAUUACGGAGGGUGGAAACUUACAUACACGGAAAUAACAAUUUUCGUAGAAGAUAAGACGUGCUCCGUCAGAGGCGAAAUGUCUCGAGUAAAAGGAAAUCUCCGAUACUGUCAGUGCCGACGAAAAAGGUAGCACUGUUGGAUCGUCAAACGAAGAUCGAAUCAAAGACAGACUAAGUAGUAUCAACUUGAAAAAAGUUAAGAAUUAUCGACUACUUCAAGUUGCACGUUGCGAGAUAGAGAAGAUCUCAUCUCUCACAAAUCGGAUGAAAACAAGUUUGCAAGGAGAAAUUGGAGAAGGAUUCUUUUCUCAUUUACCGCGCCAAGAUCCCGCCAAAUCCAGGAAAUAGUUUGAGUGGUGGGAUUCGAAAGAUGUCCGACAGAUAUCAUGAAUUACUACUGAAAAUUUGAAUAUAUAUAUAUCGGAGCAACAAAUGGCAUCUCGUUGCGAAACCAACAGGCGACAUUGAUGAAAUAAACAUUUUCGCGUUAAUUCUUUAUCGUUAUCGAGGCUAGUAUUUUACAACAGACGGUCGUUGAAAGUUGUGAGUGAACUUAUGAAUGGAUCUACUUAAUCCAAUGACCUAGUGCCGUAUGAAGGGAGAGUUAGAACGAGAGACAAGAAAACAGGACACUUCGUCGCGGCGUAAUGAAGUCUAUGAUGUGUAAAUAGGUGUACAUACGGGGAAGUCUUUAUAUUAGCGCGCGCGAUUUCUUUAAAGCAAAAGAACGAUUUUAUUUUAUUUAAGUUUUUCUUCCUCCUGACUGCUCUCUCUCUCUCUCUCUCUCUCUCUCUCUCUCUCUCUCUCUCUCUCGUUCUUAUUUUAUAUAUUUCUCUUCCUCUUGCUUCUAUGUAUCAUGUAUCAAUUAACUUCGCAUAUAUGUCUUAUAUUUAAUAAUAGAGUUUAGAUUAAGAACAUAUGCGCUUUUAGCUACGUACGUAUUGAUUAAUCGCUAAUUCCGCGUACAUUUAUGGAAGUUAUUGAUAAGGUAUGCACAUGGCUCGUGAGUAGCACUUUUGGACUCGCGCGUUAAUACAUAUAUUACAUAUAUUACAUAUUACGUAUAAUAUAAAUACGUGUAUAUAAUUCUACAAUCUAUAAUCUCUGUCGUUCUGAUUUUUCUCACUGAUUUUUGUAGUAUUCGAAAAGCAGGUCGGAGCAGUACGGGUAUCCAGCGCUUAGCCUUUUAGCCCCGGCGCGAUAAUUAAUUAGCUCGCGGGCAUCGUUAGAGUGAAACAACGUCGAGCCGCGCGUAGGACUUGAGGAAAGAAAGCGAGAGAAGAAGUGCAAAUUGAAGUGAAACGAGAAAAUCGCGUUUCCGUCACGAAAGAGGAAACGUACGAGCGCGUAAAUCAAUUAUCGAGUUUUAGACAAAAUCAUGUCUUAGGACCGUGUCAAAAUGGCUGUCGUCUUGUAAAAUUACUUUGGGGAUCUGUGUUAGUCCUAAAGAGGAAUUUUCUUACGAUCGUCGGCACUUUCUCAAGAAAACUUUUCUCGCUUCAUUUGCCUCCAGGCUAUGUAGGCUGCUCAAGUUUAAUAUAAAGAAAAGAUAAAAAAAAGGGGGACCAAUUUUUUACUCUUAUUCUCAUAGUCUAUCUCUCUUCUCUCUCCUUUUCUAUCUUCUCUAUCUUUCUCUGUCACUUUCUCUAUCUACCUUGAUACUCUUAAUCAAGUCGCCUACUGGACUAUCCAUAAAUCUCUGUACACUCUGUCCGUGUUAAGUCUGUUGUGGACCAGUGAAUGCAGGAAAUACGAGGAACAGAGUCGCGCGACUCAUGCAAGCAAUAAAUUAGAGACCAACUAAGUAUGACCACGGCACCGAAGACCGAAGACGUUACGGAAGUAACGUCACGAUUACAACAGUAGGUGAAACCGAAGGUGUCAGUUACGCCGAAAUUAGCUAAAUUUAAGCUAAACUAGAUUCUAAAAGAUUUGGUCCAAUAGAGAAGAAGAGGCAAUUAACAAUUGUCAAAGGCGAAAUUUGACUGCACUUUGUUAGAGCUGCGCUAAGGAAAAUUAAUGCAAACGAGUGAGUGUCACGCGUGAAUUCGAAAAUUACGCGUGUAAAAUAGUAUAAUAUUUCAACUUGAGUGGAAGAGACUUCUAAAUCAAAAAAUACUUUUUCGAUUUUACGUGCGGUCCUAUCGUGAUUCACAUCUUAAAAUACGCAUCGAUUACAGCGGGAACAAGCUCGACGAGCUCGACGAAGUUGGUUUCGCAAAUCAAGUUAUCAAAUUUGUUCCGAAAAAAGAAUUCGCAGCGAGAGACAACGGCUUCCGCAAGAACGAGCCGAGAAGACGAAGAGGAAGAGCACGUGUGGAGGUAUUUACGUAUUCGACAACGAUGGCAUUAUCCUGAAACGGGCAUGACGCCCUUGGCCUCGAGAUGCGACGAGACCACCACCCUCCUACUGUUGCUGCUACUCGAGCUAGCACCCGGGGCACGUUGCUAUUCGCGCGCGGCCGCGACCUCCGCUUCGUCUUUACCGAGAUAGCAUCUACAGUCCCCGGCGAGGGUGCGAGUGAUGCCACUUCUCGGCAGCAUUAUGACCAUCGCCGUCGAUAGUCCGACAUCGGCGUCCACGAGCGUUUUUGAGGGGAACAUGACGUGGUCUCGACCAAUCAGUGGUGGCUCUACGUUUUCGAGUAACGAGGCCCUCCCGACACGUGCGAUCCCGAACGGUAAGCAACGGCAACGGCGGCAUUCGGCCGCGACAGCCACUACCACUGAUCGUGUUAGUCGCUUUCUCAGCGGUGGAGGUGCUGAGAAAGGACCGAGCAAAAACGCUGCUAAAAACAACGAAAAACACAUCGAGGACGGCGAGCGUAACACCACGACGGGAAAAGAGGGCGGCGAGGCAGCAAGAAAGGAAGCUUCCCACCGUUGCGGCCAGACUUCAGAAACUCGAAUUUGCGGCAGGAACACCGUAGGCGCGACAAAGAGUGGGGAAACGGCAUUUACUGGGGGUGAAGAAAAGGGGGCAGGGAUAAGUACCGGGGGCGGCGGCAGUGAACAGAGUGUCGACAGCAUAGGCAGUACUACCGAUAGUGUAAGUGUGAGUACAGGUGUAUCGAACAGCACGGAGGAGGAAGUCGUGAUCGAAUACGGAAAGGAUUUGUUGCUCUUCGGUUUUAGCGACACAAUGGAGGACGCGAUCAAUUCGUUCAACGAUUCGUUCAACGGAAGUCUCCGUCAUUUCUGGAAUAAUAGUUUGCAUAAUAACGAGACUUUCAUUGUUCUGGGAGAGGGAAUGUACCCAUCGGGAUACACUCUCCCGCACAUUAUUCUCGCGUCUAUUCUCGCGACGCUGCUAAUGAUUGUGAUCGUCGUGGGAAAUAUGUUGGUGAUAAUCGCCAUAGCUACGGAAAAAGCGCUCAAGAACAUACAGAAUUGGUUUAUAGCCAGCCUGGCAGUAGCGGAUUUCUUUCUCGGUCUCGUCAUCAUGCCAUUCUCGCUCGCUAAUGAGAUCAUGGGUUACUGGAUCUUUGGAUAUUGGUGGUGUGACAUUCAUUCUGCCAUGGACGUGUUGUUGUGUACGGCCAGUAUCAUGAAUCUGUGCCUAAUCAGCUUAGACAGGUUUUGGAGCAUUACACAAGCAGUCGACUACCUGAAGAAAAGAACACCAGCUAGAGCGGCGCUCAUGAUUGCCCUCGUCUGGAUAUUGUCGGCGCUUGUUUGUAUACCACCGUUACUCGGAUGGAAAAGACCUACUCCGGCUGAAGAAUAUCCCAAAUGCUUGCUGUCGGAGGACAUCGGGUAUGUCCUUUACUCUGCUCUGGGCAGCUUUUACAUCCCAUCCUGCAUUAUGGUCUUCGUGUAUAUACGUAUAUAUUUCGCUGCCAAGGCUCGCGCGCGUCGCGGCAUCCGGAAACAGCCCCGUCCACGUGCGGUGCCGCCGGAAUCGCCUGACAUUAGGCAGACCAGCUUCACUCAGAGCACACCGGCAACCGACAUUAAGAAGCCUCCGGGAUCAGUCAUGGAAAACGUUGCCACGAUCGAGAACCAGCCAGUUCAAAUACCGAUUGUUACAUGUGACUUUGCUAGUGACGUCAGUACGUCUGAGGCUGAUCCCGGCGGAGGCAUUAGUAUACCGAUGGAAGAAAAGGACACGCUAAAGGUGAGCAUACCGGUGCCAGCGCAGAAGAGCAACCUGAAAGCAACCCUGUCGGUAAACGGGGACGGACAGUCAGGAGGCCAGAAUGUGCCGGCGCGAUGCCGUGCGGCGAGCGUUGGCAUCGACGUCGACAUGGUGUCCGAGUUUGAUCCCUCGUCAUCGGAUAGUGGCGUGGUGUCGAGAUGCGCGGUGGUAAAACCGCUCAAGCUACGACUCUGCCAGCCGAUCUUUGGCCGCAAGCACGUAGGUAAGUCAAAAAGGGAACACGCUGAGCGACACAAGGACGAGUCCGGCGGCGGCGGCGGGGGCGACGGCAGGACGAUGAAGCAGCGCGAUCCGGAGAGAGAGAAGAGGAGGCUGGCAAGAAAGAAGGAGAAGCGUGCCACGAUGAUACUGGGCUUCAUAAUGGGCAGCUUUAUCGCUUGUUGGCUACCCUUCUUUGUUCUUUACAUCGUCAAACCUCUCUUUCCUGAUUUCGAUAUACCUUCGCAGGCCUUCGUAAUCGCUUUCUGGCUCGGCUACACCAAUUCAGCGCUGAAUCCCUUUAUUUACACAGUCUUCAAUAAGGAUUUCCGCCGUGCUUUUCGCCGAAUAUUGUUUAAAUGAGCAAUACAGUAUAGCGUUGACCAAGAGGGACGCUAACGAUAACUAUAUUUUCCAUCCUCGGAUACCUGUGAAUACCGAUAGUACUCCGAGCUUCGAGGAUGUUUUCUCGAUCGCAUUACGCGAUAUCCGAUCUGUUUCCUCGAGUUAUCCUCGAGAGAAACUUUAAUCAUAAGAGGAAGGUGGAAUUUUACAAUGCCGCGCGGAAACAUUUGCGAAAGAUGGAAUCGGAAAUGCGCGGGAGGAGUUUGCGACAAGACGAGAAGUUCGCGUUUCAGAUCGUAAAAAGUUUUUCCAGCUGAUUUUUUCGGAAUACAAAGCGAACUGGAAACUGCAGAAUCGCACGUGCAAAGAAUGAGAGACGAGAAGAGACAAGACACGUCUCUGAGUUCGUGUAUUCCUUCGGGAUUGUUGUCAUCUUCCAAAAAAUUGACUUUUUUUGCGAUCGUCAAAUCAACGUACAACUUUGCCCCGAAAACGCAAGAUAUAUCGCAUUGUAAGUCAUUUUGGAUAUGCGAGAUCCAUAAUUGAGAAGAACUUUUUGAAUAAUGUCAAAACUCAAGAAAAUUUUUUCUUUUUCUACGUUAUUAAACGAUAGACGACAGAGUGUGAAAAACCUUAUCGAGAUAUAAUGUUUUGAACGUUUCGAUCACAAGAGAGACCCAUUGAACAAGCCUCUUAACGAGCAGGGCAAUCUACUUUAUCUUUACACAAUUCACACGGACUUUGUGAUAUACUGCAUGCGACAGAUCAACGAAAAAUACUGUUCGCUUGGCUGGCCAAGAGAACAUAUAAUCUCAUUACGCACGGAUUAUUACUCUCAAACUUAUGACAUACCUUACAAAGCGAAUCGCUUCGAAGACCAAGAGGCAGCAUAUCGCUCCUUCCUCCAUUUCCGCGCAUAUAUUUUUUUUACUGGCUAUUCUUCUUCCAUAAAAGGAUAGAGAAAAGCAGCAGGAGAAACACGCGCCAACAGAAGAAAGAUGCCGGCUGAUAUGAAUGGAGGAUACUAUUUCCGUGCCUAAUCUCUUGGUCACGUUUAUGAAAGGCAUGACAAUCCAAAGUGCAUAUAUGCAGCGCAGCCUGCACACGUUUGCGUAAAUAUACUCAGUCUCGUCGUGGAAAAAUAAAUUGGACGAGUGGAAAUUUCACAGCGCGCUACCUGAGGACAACGCGGUCGGCUAUCGCAGUAGAUGAUGCACGUAUAAUGUAGGACGCGCAGGAGAGUAAUUUGAAGAGUGUUCAGUUUUAUGCUCGAUUAUAACGCGUUGCAUGCGUGAUAACUGCGGAGGAAAAUACGACGCGAUCAAAGAAGGAAGGAGAACCCUACGAACACCGUGACCGAUUGGUCACGUCAACACCAACCAACGUUGAAGAUCGUCGACAGAUCUACUGACAAAUAAUGAAAAUGCGAGACAGUAUAUGAUACGUUUCCUACUAUGUAAUUAGGUAUAUUCGCGCAUCGUGGGCCCGAGACGGGCCCUUUAAACGUCCGGCGUUCCAAUCGUGAGUCUUCGAUGUUACUUUUAACAAAGAAUUACGCAUGUAUAGAAUUUAACAAUUUUGUCACGUACGUGCAGGGUAUAUGGAUGCGUGCUGGUGCGCGUAUGUAGUGUGUUCAUGUAGUUCCUUUCCUACGAAAGCAAAUAUAAGAGACAUAGAGAAAAGUUCUAUUUUACAAACUACAACAGGUUCCUCUGUCGCAGCCUAACUGUACAGCAAUAAUCAAUCUUUCGUUCGUUGAAAACGAUCGUUCGUUUGAACGAGAUAUCGCGAGAGAGAGAGAGAGAGAGAGAGAGAGAGAGAGAGAGUAAAUCGGCAUGAAACGAUCAAUCGUAGAUUGUGUCCUCGAUCAUGCAUUGUUCGUACGUACAUGUGAGGUAUGUAUGUAUGUGCAAAUGGCAGCGUACGCACGCUGUCCAAUAUGCGAUGAAUAAUCACUUUGCGUCGCAGGGUCCAAAA